CUUGACGUGGCCUCCCCAGACCCCCUACAGGCUGGGAUCACAGAACACUUCCGCCCUGUUAACGUGGACCUGGGGGAGGUCAGGGAGGUGUUGGACACACUCGACUUCAUGGAAGGUGAAAUGCCAGAGGAUGAGGCAGUGGGACUGGAGUGGGACAACUCAGCUGUACAGAGUCCUGAGCAACCCGCAGAAUCUGAGGUGGCUGACUACGAGAGCCCAGCACCACCUGAACCUGAUCACACCUUCAAGAUAGUCAUAGUGGGAGACUCGGGGGUCGGCAAGAGUAACCUUCUCUCAAGAUUUGCAUUUAACAGGUAUGACUCAGGUAGUAAGCCCACCAUUGGGAUAGAGUUUGCCACAAAAACCAUGAAGAUCGAAGGGAAAACCAUCAAGGCCCAGAUCUGGGACACAGCAGGGGACGACAGAUACAGGCCGAUCAUCAGUGCCUGCUGCAGGGGAGCGGUCGGGGCCUUCCUGGUGUAUGACAUCACCAGGCACGGCACGUUCGAGCAUGCUCAGAACAGGCUGAAGGAGCUACAGGAGGAUGCUGAUGACCAGGGCAUCAUGGUCAUGUUGGUUGGGAACAAGUGUGACCUGUCCCACAUCAGAACUGUGCCCAUCCGAGAGGCCCGGGACUUCGCCAAGAAAAGCUCGCUGCACUUCUUCGAGACGUCGGCGGCGGAUGUUAAGAACGUGGAUGACGCCUUUGAAAGGCUGAUGACGGAGGUGUACUACUCUGUAACUGGCACCAGGCCGGACGGGGACUCUGGGUCAUCAGAGGAGGAGUUCUACUGAUGGGAAAGGAAAUUAUCAAUUGAUGUAUGUCAUCUUCCACAGAUAGUCAGUUUGAAAUAAAAGAUAAAUGCAAUAUAGGUCUCUAGCCAGCAACGACAAUUACCAGAACUUUGCAGCGUGUGACAGAAUUUUUUUUAAACCAAUCUGUCAACCUUGACAGUCAAAAUUUAAAAAAUGUUGGGUAAAUAUAUGAAAACAUCUGAAUUACCACUGACAACCACGUUCAACAUCAUGAUUUGCCUCUCAAAAUGUGAGAAAUUGCGUUUUUGAAGGCUCGAACAUCCGCUCCCCUCCCCAAAUCCAAUGAUGAACCUGGGCUGACGAGAAAAAAAAAUUUCAAGCUGGCUAGAGCCCUGACUGUUCUUGUAUAUCUGUGUGUCUUUGCUACUUUCAAAGCAAACCACUAUCAAACAUGUUUUUAUGUGAAACUCAUGACAGCACUAAGGCCUUUCUCAUCAGGAAAUUUAAGGCGCUAUGCUCCCUGAUCAUGUGUUUCAGAACAGCUAAAGUAUUUAUACUCAAACAAGCUUGUACAGCAUUAAGUAAGACACAGUAGAUAUUUGUUGUAGGCAUAUCCAUGUACUCCAUGACUGUUUUUGAAUUGUCCAUAUUUUAUGUUGUUUAACAUUCCCUGUGUGUGAAACAAGGGAUAGGGUGAGGUUUUCCUCUUAUUGAAGGAUUGUGUAUACUUUUGGUUGGUGGACAGUACACAUUGUAACUUUCCUCUUAGUCUAAAGAUGAAUUUAAUUACUUAGUAGUAGUUGAUUCAACAUUAGCUAGAUACACAAAGGAAUUUAUAAGUGCCUUUUUUUCCUCAUGGAAAAUCAUGACAUCAAGUCCUAAGAAGCCAAUAUGGAUGUCCAUUAUACAUUAUGUAUUGCUUAAGUAAUAAGACCAUGUCCUAAACUCUUCAAUGCUAUGACCUAAUGAGUUGUGGUGCAUGUUUGGUAAAAUGUAGGCUUUUUUUGCCUAUAUGCUGUUGAUGUAAAGCACUUUUGUGUAUUUUUGAAGAAGUGCCAACAUUUAUUUAUUUUGCCUUUUUGGCAUGUCUUUUGGAGGUGAUAUCUGGGUUUUCUACGAUGUUUGAGAUCAGUCAGAGAAAUGUAAGCCAAAUAAGAUGGCCCCAAAUUUUGAUCACAUUUUGAUUCUGCAUGUAAUCAUGACUAGUAUUCCAUGACAUCUAUGUGCCAAAGAAAAAGCUUGGCUAUACGAUCAGUGAAAAAUCUCUACAAUAAUUCUUAUUUUUCGUACUCUCCAAAAUAGUUGUCGCAAAAAUUAGACAUCGUGGUAGCUUCAUGUUGAUGUUUUCAUGUGCCACAAACACCAGCAAUGUUUCUUAAUUUUUCAUAUAUGUAUUGUUCUCAGUUUUCUUGUGCUUUUUUUACAAUUGUGCGUUGGCAAUUGCUAUGUUUCCAGAUAUUUAUUUAUGCUGCAACUGAAAGAAAAGUCUUAUAUUUGAAGUUAUUAUGAUGAUAUUUUGGUCAAUUAUGAUGUUCAUAUGUGGUAGUAUGGUAUGUCCUCAUUUCAGCCAGAUUGUGCCAUACUUGUUUUUGAUUUGAUUUGAUUUGAUUUGAUUUGAUAGAUGUGUGCAAUAGAUCUGCCAAACUUGCAGAGGAACUAUUGUUGUGUGUAUGUCUUAUGUUGUGCCAUAGAUAAUACUGCAUGGCUCGAUGUGAUAAGAAUAUAUGCUAUAUAUUUCAGCAUCAUC